GGCGGAGCCCUCGGGGCGGUGGAAGUGGGCGGCCUUCUACGGCCAUCUCCUUGAGCUUGAGGGUGAGGAGCGGCUUGUUGCCUCAGAGGUAACAUAUCCACAGGUUCUGGCGAUUAGGAUGUGGACAUCUUUGGGGCAGACAAUUCUCAACCUACCAUACAAGAAAACCAGUAGCAACUGAUGACACUGCAUAUUUUCCCCUGUUCUUACUGGGAGAAGGCCUUGUGUGUCACCAAGAGGUUCUCAGAAGGGACCUGUCAGUUCUUGGUUAAAAAAACCCGGAAAGAGAAGGACUAUGGGGGAACUGAUGGCGUUCCUGUUACCUGUCAUCAUUGUGUUAACGGUGAAGCACAGCGAUUCCUGGAUGCACUCUCUGAGAUAUUUUGGCCUGGGCAUUUCGGAUCCUGGCCAUGGGGUCCCUGAAUUUAUUUCAGUUGGGUAUGUGGACUCGCACCCUAUCACCACGUAUGACAGUGUCACUCGGCAGAAGGAGCCGCGGGCCCCAUGGAUGGCAGAGAACCUCGCGCCUGAUCACUGGGAGAGGGGCACUCAGCUGCUGAGGGGCUUGCAGCAGACGUUCAAGGUGGAACUGAAGCGCCUGCAGAGGCACUACAAUCACUCAGGGUCUCACACUUACCAGGGAAUGACUGGCUGUGAGCUGCUGGAGGAUGGAAGCACCACAGGAUUUCUGCAGUAUGCAUAUGACGGGCAGGAUUUCCUGAUCUUCAGUAAAGACACCCUCUCCUGGCUGGCUGUAGAUAAUGUGGCUCACACCAUCAAGAGGGCAUGGGAGGCCGAUCAGCAUGAGUUGCAACAUCAAAAGAAUUGGCUGGAAGAAGAAUGUAUUGCCUGGCUAAAGAGAUUCCUGGAGUAUGGCAAAGACACCCUACAGAGAACAGAGCCCCCACUGGUCAGAGUAAAUCGCAAAGAAACUUUUCCAGGAGUUACAACUCUGUUCUGCAAAGCUCAUGGCUUUUACCCCCCAGAAAUUUACAUGACAUGGAUGAAAAACGGGGAAGAAAUUGUCCAAGAAAUGGAUUAUGGAGACAUUCUUCCCAGUGGGGAUGGAACCUAUCAGAUGUGGGCAUCAGUUGAGCUUGAUCCUCAGAGCAGCAACCUUUACUCCUGUCAUGUGGAGCACUGCGGUGUCCACAUGGUUCUUCAGGUCCCCCAGGGCUGGACUGCAAUGGCGCAAUCUCGGCUCACCGCAACCUCUGCCUCCCGGGUUCAAGUGAUUCUUCUGCCUCAGCCUCCCGAGUAUCUGGGACUACAUGCAUACACCACUAUGCCCAGGAAAGCCCUUCUCCUUCAGAGGUCAGCUAACUACUCCUCCAUGAAGCCAUCCCUGAUUCCUACUCCAGCCCCCAAGGAAGAGGGUUUGAUGAUGAGACAUCGUCUGCUACAGGAUUUGCAGGGAAACAUGGAAUAUCACUUUGGACCUAUUUUCUAAGAGAAUGGCCUGAAGAGAAUAGAUUCAAGUUUUCUCCCAGAAAAGCCUCUGCUUCAGGAGCAGGUAGCAGAAAAAAUACAAUAUGUUCAUCAAACAGGUUUGAUUCCCCUCCUGGACACAUGGAAAGGCUAUCUUUUUUUUUUUUUUGAGACAGAAUCUCACUCAGCCACUCAGGCUGGAAUGCAGUGGCAUGAUCUCAGCUCACUGCACCCACUGUCUCCCGGGUUCAAGUGAUUCUCCUGUCUCAGCCUCCCAGGUAGCUGGGAUUACAGGCACCUGCCAUCAUGCCUGGCUAAUUUUUGUAUUUUAGUAGAGAUAGGGUUUCACCAUGGUGGCUAGGCUUGUCUUGAACUCCUGAACUCUGCCCGCCUCGGCCUCCCAAAGUGCUAGGAUUACAGGCGUGAGCCACUCUACCCGGCUGGAAAGGGUAUCUUUCUGAGCUUCCACUACUGUAAGGUGGAGUCAUAGUGUUAGAGUAGGUAGCUAAGCAGACAGGAGCAGGACAGGAGAGGACUCCCCCCCGCCCCCCACCGCCCACAGGAAUGUCAGGCAACCAUCAGGUGAUGGUCAGGCAGUUGUUAACUGUCAGUCUAAAAUAAUAAUAGGGCAUAGCUGGCACCAAGGAAAGGAAGUCUCCUAAAAGAAAACACCUGAAGCUGGUGAGCAGCCGCUUCCUGGUAAGAUCUCAGGAGCUGGGCGAGUGGGCUCAAGCCUGGGCACUAAGAGGCAAAAUGACAGAGUUUAACCUGUAUAUGACCUUCCUCUAGGAACGCUCAACUGGUAAGGGGAGAAAUGCCUCAAAUGAGCAUAUGCACAACUUCAGUAAACAUGCUGUGCAUGUGGCCCCUCCCAAGUGCCUGCAGGCCACCAUGCAAGUGGACAGCCCUGGACAGCCCGCCCCUAGGGAAGAAUCAAGGGAAGAGAAACAAACCCUGGAACUGUGCCAGUAUAUAAAACCCCAAGUCAAGGGCUGAAUGGCACACUUGGAUCUCUCAAGUCACCUGCUUGCUUGGCCCCCUUCCAAGUGUACUUUACUUCCAUUUGUUCCUGCUCUAAAACUUUUUAAUGAACUUUCACUCCUGCUCUAAAACUUGCCUCGGUCUCUCCCUCUGCCUUAAAACUACUUCUGCCCCUCAGCCGAAUUCUUUCCUCUGAGAGGGCAAGAAUCAAGUUGCUGCACACCCCUGCAGAUUCACUGCUGCUAACAAUGGGACUAGUUUUCUGGCCUGUGGUUUUCAGCCCUGCCUGGCUCGGUCCUAAAACCUGCCAUACCAUCCUCCCCCUGUUUUCUUCCCAUCUGCUUGUUGGAUGCAGGGAACCCAGGGUGGUACUCCAAGGCCCUGAAAGACAGUGGAGCUACUUGGGAGCCCAGGUCCCCGAAUGCCUUAGUGGAGCAAAAUGUCCCCUACACUCGACUCGUAUUGGACUCUGAAGGCAAAACUCACCUUUGUUGUGUUGAGCCACUAAGCUUUGGGGGAUAUCUGAAACAGGAUGUGCUGAUUAAUACUGAGCGGCCAGGAGGGCAUGGGAGAUGAUCAGUUUUGUGGGCCGGGGGAGAGGCAGUGGGAUUUGGUGGAAGUGUUUCCAUGAGGAGGCAGAGAGGAGCCUCCUGGGAUAGAAAGAUGAAGUGGAACGUGCUACCCUAAAUUGAGAAAAUGGAGCCAGUGUGUGUGCACCCUCUUAUAUUUGUAAAUCAGAGUUAACACUUCUGGUGGGGCCCUCUGUAAACUGUAAAUACAGAUAAUAAUGAAGGUUUGUAUUGCAUACUCACUUUUCUAAGUGCUUUAGGUAGAUGAUCUCAUUUAACCCUCAUAACAUCCCAAUGAGGUAGGAACUAUUAAUAUCAGCCUCAUUUUAGAGGUGAGAAAACUGACCCCAACAGAGAUGAAGCACUUUCCCCAACACUACCAGAAAGUAAGUGGCAGAGCCAGGAUGGAGUUGAGGUAUCCAGGCUCUUGAACCUGCCUCUUAACCAUGAUGUCUCUCUAUGGACUGCGCACUAACACCUUUCUAAUGAGGAUGAAGAAUUCUGCUGUUAUACCUGGUGGCCUGAAAUAAAGCAGGAAUUUGGCUGGCUUAAAUGUUCCAGGUUUGCUCAAGAAGCCAUGCCAUUCAAUCCUCUCUGAAACGGUGCUGUAUAUUCCUGGAAGUAUCCUACAGGGAACAGGGAGCGCUGGGCUGAUGGGGGGAAAUGAGGGUGGAGAAUGGGGGAGGCCAGCCUGCAUUAUUUGUAGGCUCAGAGGAAGGGUCCUGAGUGGAGGACUAAAGGAGCCACCAUGGCUAGAUCCGUGCUCUUCUGACCCUGGUGCCACCCAGGAGUGUGUCUCACUGCUGGGGCUGGCCAGCCCUGGCACAUCUGGAGAAAGGACUGUUGGUGGGAGGAGACCUGGGCCACUCUCUCCAGACUGUGUCCUAAGAAGGAGGAUGGGUCCGAAGGUGGGAAACAUAUCCUAUACAUCUUUUUCUUGAGACGGAGUUUCACUCUUCUUGCCCAGGCUGGAGUGCAAUGUUGUGAUCUUGGCUCACUGCAACCUCUGCUUCCCAGGUUCAAGCGAUUUUCCUGCCUCAGCCUCUCAAGUAGCUGGGAUUACGGGUGCGCACAAGCGCACCCAGCUAGUUUUUGUAUUUUUAGUAGAGAUGAGAUUUCACCAUGUUGGCCAGGCUGGUCUCAAACUCCUGACCUCAGGCGAUCCAUCCACCUUGGCCUCCCAAAGUGCUGGGAUUACAGGUGUAAACCACCACACCUGGCCUCCUAUACAUCUUUAUAUCUUAUACAAGAGAGGUGUAUAGCAAAUCCUUAGCAAGGGCCUACUAUGUUCCAGAUGUAGUAGAUGCUGUGAUAGUGAACCAUGGCAUGGCCCCUUCCUCAUGGAACUUUCAGUCUAGAAUCUUCAUCGGAGGAGGAGCUGAAGGUCAUAGGCACUACAGGGGUGGGACUGGGAUGGCAAAAGGGCUCAGAAGUUCAGAAACCUCCAAAGCUAAGUCAUACAGUUUGAAUGGGAUUGGGUUGUUUACUUGCAAGUGUUUUCUGACAACUGGAAGCUGUUCCUAAUGGCAAUUUGUCCACAAGAACUUACACAGUGCGUUUUAGAGUUGUGGGAGAGUGAAGGAGCCCUCACCUGAGCUGGCUGCCCCCAGGGAGCCAGAAGGAGAGUUCUUGAGUGGGAAUUUGGAUAACUCUUUUUUAGGACAAGCAGAAAUGAUGCCCAGAAUAGGGUCUUUCCAUUCUCAAUGUCACUUUGCAUGAAUAGCUACUUGAGAGGCUGAGGCAGCAGAAUUGCUUGAACCCGGGAGGCGGAGGUUGCAGUGAGCCAAGAUCAUUUGGGAUUAAUUAAAUCUACAUUUAAUUUUCUCAGUGCCACAGGCACUCAGAUGGAGCUGAAACCUUGCAUUGAAUUAGGAAGAGAAGAAAAAUCAUUGGUGGGUCUAGAGCCUGCAGACAUGAUUUGCUGCUGGGACACUGCAUGGAGGCAGCUGCGCUUUUCCCCACGGUCUCUCACGCUUCCUUGGACAGCAGCUUUCGGUAGUGUAAGCGUUGGAUGCUCAGCUGAUGUUUGGCCUUAGGGUGCAGGCAGACUUGGUGUCUUCAUUCCUUCAACAGAUGUGCUCUAAGUGGGAACAGCCUCCCUGUGCCAGGGAUGUGUCUGUCCCCUGUUCAUGCAAAAGCAGUGCUAGGAGUGCAGAGGCAACGUGGUUGGGAGCUUGCUCAUUUUCUUCAUAUUUCCUUUAAGCUCCGAGACCCCCAUGCACUUUCCACAUCAGGUUUAGUGCAACUCACACGAACUUACAGAUGAGCAGGGCAGAAUUCCAAAAAUAUCCCUCUGUGGUCACCUCUCCUGAGCUCCAGCCCUCUGUUCCUAGUUGCUUUCUGGAUGUCCUGCAACACGUCCCAAUCAUUAUGCCUCCUUUUACUCCACCACCAUUUAUUUAGAGUCUUCUCUGUGCCAGGCCUUGCUAGUGGUGAAGAAUAAAGAGUCAAAGAAGAGCUAGCCCUGCAUCGGUCCAAACGGCCACCUUCUUCCUCCACCGGACCAAGCAUUCCUUGCUCCACAGUGAGUUCUCAGCACCUGGGAGUUAGAACAUAGUAGGUGCUCAAUAAAUAUUGUUGCAUACAUGUUGGAU